GUGAACUACAAUAAUGUCCUUGUGUUGUCCUCUCAGGAUUGCGUUGCCGGUGUGUACCAGUGUCUGGGUUUGUCUGUCGGAGCUGAGUUUUCCUCAGAAGACGUGAGCGUCCUCUACGGCAAAGUGUUUCAUGUUCCCUCCGACCCUGAUGAAGCCCAUACGGCUCUGAAGAAGAUUGCAGGAGGUGACAUCAGCUGGUCCUGUGUUGGUGAAAAAGUUUUUGAUGUUCUUGUAGAGAUGGAAAGGGAGAGGGAGAAGAAGGAAAAGCUGUACUGGGACCUCCAGCUGAUAAAUGGCGGACACGUCAACACUCUCUAUGAGAUGGAAAAGGCCAACAGCUCAGAUACAGGAUCUUUACACCCAUUUACAACAGUCAGUUCACAGACAGAGAGACUAAUGGGGAAGAAUGAGCUGUGUGGGAGUGGGAGAGGAGUGAAGAGGCUGAGGAAAGCAGCCAGGCAGUGCUGGAUCAGAUUGGCGUCAGAGGGUGUGCACAGCUUACUGCCCUCUCCCUGGCAAGCCCAAAGCCUCAAGGUCAAAGGUCAGGCCUGGGGCUGUGUCUCCCCGUCAGAUGUCCUCCUCCUGGUGGACGUGAAGUAUGACGUUAUGAGCCACUUGCUUUAUUCAGAAAUGCUUCAGGAGCAUCAUACUCCGAGCGUCUGGAAAACCUUGCUGCCAUGUCAACGACGCUCAGAAGAGGAGGGGCUGGAGGACACAGCAGAGGAGGCUUUGGAGUCAGGUGACAUGCUCCGUCUGGCUGAGCUGCCAGGAGCAUUCAGGAUGUACAGGGCCUGUCUGGGUGGAUCCUUUAACUCCAGGGAGCUUUGCUGGUCUGCUGCUUCGUUCCUGUGUGAGUUACACUCGUCUCGUCAACAAGAAAAGGACAAAGUGGCAGUCCUGGGAGAGAGGCUGGACGGGGAGAGUCUGAAACUUUUGUGUCUCUACAUCCGACUGGCAACUCUCAGAGCUCGGAGAGAGAAACUGUCCUACAGAGCUCUUCUGGCAGCGAAGCAGUCCUGGGACACUUGGCCCCAUGUUCCCAGUCCCUGCCGAGCGGAGCAGGCUGCUCUGUGGCUACGUGAAGAAGAGGAAGCAGAAAAUGAAGAAUUGAUUUCAGCAUCACCGCAGCAGGCCGCGCUGCAGUUGCUGGUGCUGACUCAGGAGCAGGAGAGGAAGCAGCUGGUUAAGCUGGUGCAAGGGGUUUCCCCGAAGGAUCUGCAAGGUCCAGGUUGCACAGAUUCUCAGAAAGACGGUAGUAAUACAACAGUUUUAAGGAGUGGCUGUAUACAAAUGCUGAGGCAAAUCCACACCAGCAUGCAGAUGCACAAUGAGACUCAACCCCUCUUUGAGCAAGCUACCUCUGAGCCUCAGCUCCAGCCUCAGCCUCAAACACAGGCCCACAUGUGCAGUAAAGCAGCAGUGUGGUCUCCACACCAGCUGGAGGAGUGUUCCCUGCUCCUCUUAACUCGACUGCUGGAGCUCCACGACCUCCAAGCUUCUGCAUUUCUGCCACUGUUAAACAACAAGAGCGCACAACAUCUCCAGGUUCUGCGAGAUGAGUAUGAAUCUAAACUUCAGAUGCAGAGCAGCACCAACCUGCUCCAGCUCCUCACCUCUUUCCUCGUCUCCAAGAGCUGCAACGAGCAAAAGACUGCAGAGUGCAGCAGCUCUGGAGCAGUCGAGACCCAGAACGUGAGUGUUGGGUCGGCUGAAGUUUCGGCAGCUGUUUUUGUCAGAUGGGUGGACAGUGAACUGAAUGGAAUCCAAGCUGCUGAUGUGACUAACACACAGGAUGUCUGCACAGAUUGUGAAGCGGUCGUGGAGGAGAUGCCCUACUUGGAGAUUGUGUGUGUCUCAGAUGCGACAAGUACAACUCAUCUCGCUGCAGAAGGAGGAUGCCAGGAGGAAGGAGGAGGCAAAGCAACAAAAAGCCCCCAGUCUUAUGAGAAACAGGGCUCUUUGAUCACGCUCGCUUGGAGCAAACCACCAGAGGAGGAUGAGGAUGACUGUGACGCAGCGGCUGCAGAUGGAGGUGCAGAAAUGAGCCAGGACAAUGAGAGCAGUAUGAGGAUCCAAGUCCUGCCCAGUGAUGUGAGCAGGACUGCUGCAUACACACAGUGUGAGGAGACUUCUCGAGGAAAGGCUGAUGAGGAGCUGAAGCCCACUUUGUUCCAGUCUGGAUCCACAGAGUCUGCAGCGGAGCAGUGCAGCACAGACAGACAGCUGACCCUGGAGGAGAGGACAGUGGUGGACAAACCACACAAGGGAGAUGAUGCAUUUAACCUGCAAACACAUGCUUUAAUAGCAGAAACCCUGCAGCACGUGCAGCCACAUCUCUUCACCGAGCUUGAGCCGCACUCUGAUGACCUGUGCUCUGGACCGACCGAUGGGACAGCUGAGGUUGGCAGAGACUGGGUGGGUGUGGAGGUACGUGCCACUGCAACAGAGUCAGAGCUGUGGGACCCAAUAGAGCCAGACCCCACUCCCACUGAGGACCCGACACAUAAGUCACAGUUUGACUGUGGCCUCGCAGAGAGGGAUGCCAGGAGGGAAUCCACACUGACGGAGAGAGAACGAGUGAGAGAGCCAGUCUCAGCACUGGAGAGAGAGAAGACAAUUCGCAACCUUGUGGACAUGCAGAGGAAGGUGGAGCAGAGGCAGCAGAGAGACAGAGAGAGACAGAUGCUCAGGGUUCAGGAGCGUCUUUCCAUCAUCCAGAACAGAAAGGCAGAGGAGGACCUGCUGGGCCUGAAACACACUGACAGACUAAGGCACCUCACACAAGAUCUACCACAGGAGGAUAAGAACCAGCAGAAAACAGUUGUCAGAGAGCGUCUGGAGCAGCUGAGACGAGAGCGCUCUUACGUCCUGCAGUCCAAACGAGACAGAAAUACUGCAGGAUUCAAGGAACUCCUGGCUCCAGUUGCCCUCCACAGUAGAGAUACAGAGGAUGGAGCAGACUGA